GAUUCUGCUCACCAUUUUGGAGUGUCCAAAAACUCCAAAACCUUCCGCCUUCCCUAGCCCUAACGUGGUACGGUACACCAGUUGCAGUGCCGCGGCGGUGGAUGCGAGUCUACGCCAGUGGAAGUAUCCUCGACGAUUCUUCGCCGGGAAAAAGGCAACGAGUCAAAUGUUUUUGUUGAUUUAAAUAUUAAUGUCUACACAUUGCCAAAUGCGGCUUGGUGGAUGUUGAAUGAUUUUCUCUAUGGACUUAAAUGCCUCACCAUUACCUGAAGAAGAAGAUGAAGCUAUCUUUGAAGAUCAUGAUCAUGAAGAUCGUGUUGAAGGACGAGUUGCAGUGGAAGAACAUAUAGAGACUGCAGUUGAAACUUUUCGCAGAGAGCGUGAAGAACGACGCCAACGAUUGAGAAGGGAAUACCAAGAUGAGGGCCCAAACCGCUCAUUACAGCAACCGAGAAAGGAUCCUGUUGUUCAAACUAAAAGACCUAGAUCUCAUGACAGAUUUAAGCCUCCAUCUGGUUGGCUGGAUUGUCCUUCUUAUGGCAAGUGCAUAGAUCACAUAAUCCCUUCUAAAGUUCCCCUUGGGGAGUCCUUCAAUGACUCUGUUACUCCUGGUAAAAGAUACUCUUUGAGACAAGUGAUUCAUCAACAAAAAGUGGCGGGCAGAGAGCUUGGUUUAGUAAUUGAUCUGACAAACACCACUCGCUACUAUAAUCCGGCGGAUUGGAAGAAACAAGGUAUUAAGCAUGUUAAGAUUGCAUGCAAAGGAAGGGAUUCUGUACCUGACAAUGAGUCUGUAAAUAACUUCGUGUAUGAG